UUUACAUUGAUUGUCGAUGAUUUUUAUCAUUAGUUAGAUAGGUAAAUAAGUUUAAAUAGGCAAUCAUUUGAGGGCCAGAAAAUGCAUUUACCUUAUUUCUUAUGGGGAUAUUCGACCUGGACCUCGACUAAAUCGCAACUGGACUGGUCUUCUGGAACGAAUUAAGUUCGUGUUCCAAGACAGAUAUGCGUAUCCGGACAGCGUGGGUGUUCUUGACCACGAUGCUUGCUACAGUCAGCGCUUUUACUGAUGCUGGUCAGGGCGAUUCCGCUGAGAUGGGGUCGGGGAUGCCCGUCACAGAAGAGAUAGACCUGCUGGAGAUACUCUCCCGGCAUGCGCUGAACAGCACCAAUGUGACUGUGUGGACGAGGCCGCAGGAGUGCAUGGACCUGCAGAUUGGACAAUACGCUGCUCUUACUCUGCCAACUCACCAGGCUUUUGGACCCAGGUUUGCCGAUGAGUUCAGUCUGCUGAUGCAGCUGCGCAGCUCCCAGCCGGAAGAGCGAGCCCUACUGUCCGUGCAGAGUCCCCACAGUCACGUCCUGCUGCAGAUCCGCCUCAGCGGCCAUAGCUUCACUUUCAUCAGCACCCAGCAGCGGCUCUACGAGUUCCCGGUCCGUGUGCUGUCAGAUGGCCGAUGGCACCGUGUGUCGGUGGCCGUGUCUGCAGGAAGCCUCGCCCUGUACGUGGACUGUGUUUUGGUGGAAGACGUAAAGUGGGGCUACCCAGGCAUGGACAUCAGCACAGACAGUUUGCUGGUGGUGGGCGGCAUCAUUGAGGACUCUGAGAUACCGUAUGAGGGAGACCUAAGGCAGAUGACCUUUUUAAUGGGUGACCCCAACGCAGCAAGGGACCACUGUACCCUCCACCUGCCAGUGUGUGAGCACCUAGGUAGACCUACUCCAACGGCCAAGACACUCCACCACCUGGAGGUAUAGAGUUCUGAACAUGCCUCCGUAAGCGCAGAUCCAGAUUAGAGUAUGUCACCCAAAUGUUUUGGUUCUGCACUCCAUUCUGUAUGAAUGUAACGUGUACAGUUUUUACUGCUUUCAGGGCAUAGCAUAGAUAUCCUUUAUACCUAAAGACAGAGAUAAGGGAGACUGAAUACACUCCCUAAUGAUCUCAAUGGGGUGUUAU